UAUUUCUACAAUUUCAUGCAUGCUUAUGUAGUUAUGGACUGUGGGCUUAUAAGUCUGUUCGAUUCCGAUGAAGGAAAUCACGAAGCAGACAAAUACAAUAACAACCGUUCAGUUCGUGGCAAUGGAUCAAAGAUUCGGAAAACUUCUGUAAAAGCAAAAGGUGGCACACAUAAAAGAGCCAUUGAAAGCGGAAGCAGCAGUAGCAGUGAAGGAGAAAUAGAUUUGCAAAAUAAUAAAAUUAUUAUUGAUUUUGAUCAGGGCAUUUUACCACCCGAACCACAGUUGGGAAAUAUUGAGUACAAACUGAAAUUAAUUAGUCCAUCGAAGCAUCGCUUCGAACAUCUUGUAACUCAAAUGAAAUGGAGACUGCGCGAAGGAAAUGGUGAAGCUGUUUACGAAAUCGGCGUAUCUGACUCAGGCCACUUACAUGGGCUUAAUGAAAAAGACAUGAGUGCCUCCCUGGCCACACUUAAGCAAAUGGCGCAAAAAUUAGGGGCUAGUACCUCAGUUUUACGACGAAAAUAUAUAGCAACCCGACGAUCCGUUGCCGAAGUUUUAGUUCGUAAAAUACCUGAUGAUCAACAUAAUAUAGAAAUUCGUGUGGCUGUACUGGGGGGCGCGGAGGCAGGGAAAUCCACAUUACUAGGUGUUCUUACGCAAGGGGAAUUCGACAAUGGCCGUGGUUUGGCACGGCUUAUUAUGUUUAGACAUAUGCACGAAAUACAAUCGGGUCGAACUUCAAGUAUUUCACACGAAACUCUUGGCUUCGAUUCGCAGGGCACAAUCAUAAACUACAAAUAUAAUGAAUUGACGACUGCCGAGGAGAUUAGCGACCGCUCCACAAAACUGGUAACGUUUCUAGACUUGGCUGGUCAUAGACGCUACAUGCGAACAACAGUGCAGGCACUGUUGGGCUACUCUCCGCACUAUGCCAUGUUGGUAGUGUCAGCAGGCAGCGGUUGUACUGGUACUAGUAAGGAGCAUCUUUCUAUUGUCCGAGCCCUGGAUAUGCCGUUCUUCAUUGUUGUUACCAAGACCGAUAUAACAAGCCCGGAACAAACAGUACAAGAAUUAAGGCAGGUUCUUACAUCAGUAGGAUGUCGGAAGCUACCAUUUAUUGUCACAAAUGCUGAUGAGGCUAUCUCAGCAGCAUCUAAUCAAGUUUCCGAAAAUAUUGUUCCCAUUUUUUGUGUUUCAAACGUGACAGGAGCAGGACUUAGUCUCGUUACAAAGUUUCUCUACGUUCUAUCACCCAGUAUUAGUAAUCUGGAAAAAGAACGUCUAGAACAGGAAUCAAGUGAAUUUCAUAUUGAUGAGAUUUUUCGAGUAACCGAAGUUGGUCCAGUAGUUGGCGGUUUACUCGUAAAAGGAGUACUAACGGAAAACAUGCAAAUGAAAAUUGGACCUUUACAUGACGGUAGCUUUCAUACUGUUAAUGUGCACACAAUUCAUCGGAACAAAGCUCCAUGCAGGAUGGUACGAGCGGGGCAAAGUGCCUCUUUAUCAUUCAUCCCAAACCAGACGCUGCCUCCACUUAGAAGUGGAAUGACGUUGUUGGGCGAUACUGGCGAUCCUGAAGAGGAACCAUAUGGUACACUCCUUUUUCAAGCGGAAGUGUCUGUUCUCUUUCACGCUACAGCAAUUUACGUAGGCUUUCAGACGACUAUACACAUAAGCAGUAUACGGCAAACUGCAAUUAUUCGAGCAAUAGAGGAGCGCGAAAAAAUGGGUACCAAUGAUAGUGCUUUGGUUUUGUUUGAAUUCGUUGGACAUCCUGAGUAUGUUCGACCAGGCGUACGGAUGCUAUUUCGUGAAGGCACAAGUAAGGGCAUCGGUGUAGUUACGAAAGUUUUCCCUCUCAACAAAUCAGCCGGAUAAAUUUUUUUCAAAAUUAAACUGAAACUUGACUUGAAAAAUAGUUAGGUUUUAUAAAUGUUACAUUUACCUAUACCUCAAUCACUAUAAUAUAAUUAAUUAGAUUUUUAUAAUCUGCAUAUGAUUGAAAGUGGAUUAAAUUUUUACGAAAAUACUUCAAACAAGUUUGAGAGUUCUAGUCAUAGAUUUUCUGGUCUAGACAUACUUUAUAGGAUUUAAAAUUCGAACAUGAUCUAAAGAUAUUACUGUACAUAUUGUAACUCAAAAAAAUAUUUUCGAAUAAUCUUUUUUAAAAGCUCAACUAAAAAACAAUUUUGAUUGUAUUUUCCAAAUUACAUAGAAAAACUUCUUUGAACAAGAUUAUGUAUAUAUUUAUAGAAAUCUAUAGCAUUUUAAUUCGGUGAAUUUAUACAUAUCACGAAUGACUCAUCGUUGUCGGUUGUCAUUUAAUUUGCAAAAUUUUAUAGCUACCAGUUGCAAAUGUUACAUGUAAAUUUGUGUGUGAUAUAUUUUCAUUUAGUUUGAGGUCAUAAAAUACCAGCGUCACAAGAAAAAGUAUAAGAAGUUAUCAUAUUUUGACAGUAAUACCCCCAUAAAUUCUUAUGCACAUAUUUAUUACUAUGUUGACUGUUCUUUUCGACUUUAAUAAAAAGUGUGAAAUUCUACCCUAA